AUGCCGCAAGAACCAAAGAUCAUCAAGGUAGAAGAGCUUCCUGCAACCGAGGCCAAAUGGAUCGAGUUCCAGAAAAUCUCAUGGCAAGACCAAACGGGUAGAGAUCGCGUCUGGGAAGCCGCGGCACGCAAGACACGGGGCAAGGCAGGCGUCGAUGCUGUAGCCAUAACAACAAUCAUCCGCCACCCCUCGCACCCGCCUUCCACUAUUAUCAUCCUGCAGUACCGCCCGCCUGUCAACGCCGUCUGCGUCGAGCUUCCUGCCGGUCUAGUUGACGAGAAGGAGUCACCUAGUGAGGCCAGCGUACGAGAGCUACACGAAGAGACUGGGUACAAGGGCAAGUUGGCCUUUAUCAGCCCGACUAUCGUCUCGGAUCCUGGUCUGAGCACGGCGAACAUGCAGCUGGCCAUGGUGGAGAUCAACUUGAAGGAAGGUGACAAGGAGCCAGAGCAGGUGCUUGACGAUGGCGAGUUCAUCGAGAGGGUAGUGGUGCCGAUUGAUGAAUUAUACGAUCGCCUAGUCAAGUACGACCAGGAGGGCAAGACUAUCGAUGCACGGCUCUGGCAUUGGGCUGCAGGAUGGCAUGCUGCAAAGACUAUGCUAUGA